UGAAGCAAUCUUUAAUUCUGAAAACAGGGAAAACAAAUAUUUAGAAAGUAAAACCGAUUUCCAUCCUUUACAUACGAUUAUACAUCCUAUACAAAACUCUGGAAAUUUGCCCAUUGAGGUAAUUAUGGAGCACUACCUAAUGUGUUUCACGGAAAGCUCCUCUGUUUGGGUUAUGCAGGAUUUACAGGGAGUUUAAAUCAUUAAAUAACCAUAGUUGACCCCUAUUUGGUUAAGAGAGUAAGCAAUUAUUGCAAAGAGGUCUUCCCUGCCUUCCACAAACAGCACAAAAAUGGUUCUGAAGGGAUUUACACAAUACAUCAACAUCUGUGCUGUACCUAGAGUUGUUAAAAUAAUUGUGAUGACAGGUGUCUAGGUACCACUUUCUUAAUGGUUUUCAAUAUCCAUUGAUUUAUUGUUGUGGCUUUCUCUUCCCCUUUACAGCUUUGGCUUUAAGAAAGAGCUGGGGAACAGAUUUUGCACGAGAGGCUGAUUCUUUAUUCCAAUGCUGAAAAGAAGUAAUAAAAAUAAUCACUUGGCUUUUAAGCAGAAAGCUUCCAUUUACAGUAUUUCACCCUUACCCCGCCCCCUUCCAAGCCCCUUGUUAUCUAACAUAAUGGUUAGAAUACAUUUCCGUCUCUCCCUUUAAUAAUUUCAUGCAUUAACAUCCUCUUCACACACUGUACACACACGCACGCCCGCACACACACGCGCGCGCAUACACACACACAGCAAAAGGAAAAAAGAGGCAGCAGAAAUCUCAGCUGUACUUCUAGCCCUUUUAAAAAGUUUGCUCUGUAAAUUGGAAUGAGGUCAGAUUUGGAGCUUCUCAUUGCACGCGGAGAUUAUUAUUGCAUCGGGUUCCAAGCCAAUGGGAAGCCCGGGGGAGGGGUUUGGCAUGAGGAAGCGUUGGUUACAGCAGCUGAUUGGCUGCAGCCAAGACUGUGAAAGGAUAAAGAGGCGCGAGGCGGAAUUGGGGUCUGCUCUAAGCUGCAGCAGGAGAAACUGUGUGUGAGGGGAAGAGGCCUGUUUAGCUGUCGGGUCUCUAGUUCUUGCACGCUCUUUAAGAGUCUGCACUGGAGGAAUUCUUGCCAUUACCAGCUCCCUUCUUGCAGAAGGGAGGGAGAAACAUACAUUUAUUCAUGCCAGUCUGUUGCAUGCAGGCUUUUUGGCUUCCUACCUUGCAACAAAAUAAUUGCACAAACUCCUUAGUGCCGAUUCCGCCCACAGACAGUCCUGGAGCCAGAGUCUUUUUUGCUUUGCAUUGUAGGAGAGGGACUAAGUGCUAGAGACUAUGUCGCUUUCCUGAGCUACCGAGAGCGCUCGUGAACUGGAAUCAACUGCUUCAGGGAAAAAGAAAAAAAAAAAAAAAAAAAAAGACUUGCCUGGGAGGCCGCGAGAAACUUGUAUUGGAAGCUUCAGCAACCAGCAUUCGAGAAACUCCUCUCUACUUUAGCACGGUCUCCAGACUCAGCCGAGAGACAGCAAACUGCAGCGCGGUGAGAGAGCGAGAGAGAGGGAGAGACUCUCCAGACUGGGAACUAUAACUCCUCUGCGAGAGGCGGAGAACUCCUUCCCCGCAUCUUUUGGGGACUUUUCUCUCUUCGCCCACCUCCGCCCCUGCGAGGAGUUGAGGGGCCAGUUCGGCCGCCGCGCGCGUCUUCCCGUUCGGCGUGUGCUCGGCCCGGGAAGCCGGGAGGGCCCGGCGAUCGCGCCGCGGCCGCCGCGAGGGUGUGAGCGCGCGUGGGCGCCCGCCAAGCCGGGGCCAUGGUGCAGCAAACCAACAAUGCCGAGAACACGGAAGCGUUACUGGCUGGCGAGAGCUCGGACUCCGGCGCCGGCCUCGAGCUGGGCAUCGCCUCCUCCCCCACGCCCGGCUCCACCGCCUCCACGGGCGGUAAGGCCGACGACCCGAGCUGGUGCAAGACCCCGAGUGGGCACAUCAAGCGGCCCAUGAACGCCUUCAUGGUGUGGUCGCAGAUCGAGCGGCGCAAGAUCAUGGAGCAGUCGCCCGACAUGCACAACGCCGAGAUCUCCAAGCGGCUGGGCAAACGCUGGAAGCUGCUCAAAGACAGCGACAAGAUCCCUUUCAUUCGAGAGGCGGAGCGGCUGCGCCUCAAGCACAUGGCUGACUACCCCGACUACAAGUACCGGCCCAGGAAGAAGGUGAAAUCCGGCAACGCUAACUCCAGCUCCUCGGCCGCCGCCUCCUCCAAGCCAGGGGAGAAGGGAGACAAGGUCGGUGGCAGCGGCGGGGGCGGCCAUGGGGGCGGCGGCGGCGGCGGGAGCAGCAACGCGGGGGGAGGAGGCGGCGGUGCGAGUGGCGGCGGCGCCAACUCCAAACCGGCGCAGAAAAAGAGCUGCGGCUCCAAAGUGGCGGGCGGCGCGGGCGGCGGGGUCAGCAAACCGCACGCCAAGCUCAUCCUGGCAGGCGGCGGCGGCGGCGGGAAAGCAGCGGCUGCCGCCGCCGCCUCCUCCUUCGCCGCCGAACAGGCGGGGGCCGCCGCCCUGCUGCCCCUGGGCGCCGCCGCCGACCACCACUCGCUGUACAAGGCGCGGACUCCCAGCGCCUCGGCCUCCGCCUCCUCGGCGGCCUCUGCUUCCGCAGCGCUUGCAGCCCCGGGCAAGCACCUGGCGGAGAAGAAGGUGAAGCGCGUCUACCUGUUCGGCGGCCUGGGCACGUCGUCGUCGCCCGUGGGCGGCGUGGGCGCGGGAGCCGACCCCAGCGACCCCCUGGGCUUGUACGAGGAGGAGGGCGCGGGCUGCUCGCCCGACGCGCCGAGCCUGAGCGGCCGCAGCAGCGCCGCCUCGUCCCCCGCCGCCGGCCGCUCGCCCGCCGACCACCGCGGCUACGCCAGCCUGCGCGCCGCCUCGCCCGCCCCGUCCAGCGCGCCCUCGCACGCGUCCUCCUCGGCCUCGUCCCACUCCUCCUCUUCCUCCUCCUCGGGCUCCUCGUCUUCCGACGACGAGUUCGAAGACGACCUGCUCGACCUGAACCCCAGCUCAAACUUUGAGAGCAUGUCCCUGGGCAGCUUCAGCUCGUCGUCGGCGCUCGACCGGGACCUGGAUUUUAACUUCGAGCCCGGCUCCGGCUCGCACUUCGAGUUCCCGGACUACUGCACGCCCGAGGUGAGCGAGAUGAUCUCGGGAGACUGGCUCGAGUCCAGCAUCUCCAACCUGGUUUUCACCUACUGAAGGGCGCGCAGGCAGUGGGGAGCGCCGGGGGUAGGAGAGGAGAAAAAAUAAAAAUAAAAAAUGAAACGAAAAGGACAGACGAAGAGUUGAAAGAGAAAAGGGAAAAAAGAAAAAAAAAUGAGCAGGGCUGGCUUCGACCGCAUUCCCGUCGUCGGAAAGCGCGGCGGCGUUUUGGACCCGCGCUCCCAUCCCCCACCUUCCCGGGCCGGGGACCCACUAUGCCCAGCCGGAGGGACGCGGAGGAGGCAGAGGGUAGACAGGGGCGACCUGUUAUUGUUGUUAUUGAUGUUGUUGUUGAUGGCAAAAAAAAAAAAAAAGCGACUUCGAGUUUCCUCCCCUUUGCUUGAAGAGACCCCCCUCCCUUUCCAAAGAGCUUCCGGACUUGUCUGCACCCCCAGCAAGAAACCGAGUUAGUUUUCUAGAGACUGAAGGAAUCUCCCCGUUCCUGCAUCACCACCUUGGUUUUGUUUUAUUUUACUUCUUGGUCAAGAAAGGAGGGGAUAACCCAGCGCUCCCCUCCCCUCCCCCUUUUUUAAACGCCUGAUGAAGACAGAAGGUUCCGGGGUGACGAAUUUGGCCGAUGGCAGAUGUUUUGGGGGAGCGCCGGGACUGAGAGACUCCACGCAGGCGAAUUCCCGUUUGGGGCUUUUUUUUUUCUCUCUCUCUCCCUUUUCCCCCUGCCCCGUCUGCAGCCAGAGGAGGAGAUGUUGAGGGGAGGAGGCCAGCCAGAGUGACCGGCGCUAGGAAAUGACCCGAGAACCCCGUUGGAAGCGCAGCAGCGGGAGCUAGGGGCGGGGGCGGAGAAGGACACGAACUGGAAGGGGGUUCACGGUCAAACUGAAAUGGAUUUGCGCGUUGGGGAGCAGGCGGCGGCGGCUGCUGGUCCUGCGCCUUCCUUCUACGUGAAAUCAGUGAGGUGAGACUUCCCAGACCCCGGAGGCGUGGAGGAGAGGAGACUGUUUGAUGUGGUACAGGGGCAGUCAGUGGAAAGCGAGUGGUUUCGGAAAAAAAAAAAAAAGAAAAAAAGAAAAAAAAAAGGUUUUUUUCUUCUCUUAAUCGGAAUCGUGAUGGUGUUGGAUUAUUUCAAUGGUGGGGUUAAUAUAGCAUGUUAUCCUGUCUAUCUUUUAAAGAUUUCUGUAUAAGACUGUUGAGCAGUUUUUAAAAUAGUGUAGGAUAAUAUAAAAAGCAGAUAGAUGGCGCUAUGUUUGAUUCCUACAACGAAAUUAUCACCAGCUUUUUUUCAUUCUUAACUCUCUAAAGGAUUCAAACGCAACUCAAAUCUGUGCUGGACUUUAAAAAAACAAUUCAGGACCAAAUUUUUUCUCAGUGUGUGUGUUUAUUCCUUAUAGGUGUAAAUGAGAAGACGUGUUUUUUUCCUUCACCGAUGCUCCAUCCUCGUAUUUCUUUUUCCUUGUAAAUGUAAUCAGAUGCCAUUUUAUAUGUGGACGUAUUUAUACUGGCCAAACAUUUUUUUGCUUUUGUCCCUUUUUUUCUUUCCUUUCUUUUUACUUUAUUUCUUUAUUCCUUCCUUUUUUUUUCCUUGUUUUCUUUCUUUCUUUUUUUUUUUUUUUUUUUUUUUUUUUUUUUGGUAGUUGUUGUUACCCACGCCAUUUUACGUCUCCUUCACUGAAGGGCUAGAGUUUUAACUUUUAAUUUUUUAUAUUUAAAUGUAGACUUUUGACACUUUUAAAAAACAAAAAAAAGACAAGAGAGAUGAAAACGUUUGAUUAUUUUCUCAGUGUAUUUUUGUAAAAAAUAUAUAAAGGGGGUGUUAAUCGGUGUAAAUCGCUGUUUGGAUUUCCUGAUUUUAUAACAGGGCGGCUGGUUAAUAUCUCACACAGUUUAAAAAAUCAGCCCCUAAUUUCUCCAUGUUUACACUUCAAUCUGCAGGCUUCUUAAAGUGACAGUAUCCCUUAACCUGCCACCAGUGUCCACCCUCCGAUCCCUGUCUUGUAAAAAGGGGAGGAGAAUUAGCCAAACACUGUAAGCUUUUAAGAAAAACAAAGUUUUAAAAGAAAUACUGCUCUGUCCAGAGGCUUUAAAACUGGUGCAUUUACAGCAAAAAGGGAUUCUGUAGCUUUAACUCGUAAACCACAUCUUUUUUGCACUUUUUUUAUAAGCAAAAACGUGCCGUUUAAACCACUGGAUCUAUCUAAAUGCCGAUUUGAGUUCGCGACACUAUGUACUGCGUUUUUCAUUCUUGUAUUUGACUAUUUAAUCCUUUCUACUUGUCGCUAAAUAUAAUUGUUUUAGUCUUAUGGCAUGAUGAUAGCAUAUGUGUUCAGGUUUAUAGCUGUUGUGUUUAAAAAUUGAAAAAAGUGGAAAACAUCUUUGUACAUUUAAGUCUGUAUUAUAAUAAGCAAAAAGAUUGUGUGUAUGUAUGUUUAAUAUAACAUGACAGGCACUAGGACGUCUGCCUUUUUAAGGCAGUUCCGUUAAGGGUUUUUGUUUUUAAACUUUUUUUUGCCAUCCAUCCUGUGCAAUAUGCCGUGUAGAAUAUUUGUCUUAAAAUUCAAGGCCACAAAAACAAUGUUUGGGGGAAAAAAAGAAAAAAUCAUGCCAGCUAAUCAUGUCAAGUUCACUGCCUGUCAGAUUGUUGAUAUAUACCUUCUGUACAUAACUUUUUUUGAGAAGGAAAUAAAAUCAGCUGGAACUGAA